AAGAAGUACCACAAAGCGUUAAUUUUGCUAAUACCGUGAUUAUAAAAAGUUUCUCUCUCGUUAGUUUUCCUAAUGAAAAAGGUUCUCUAUUAGCUAUAUUGGAGACAAGCAUUAAUAGUUUGGAUUAUAUGCGUCAUUAUCAUCGUAAUGAUGUCAAUUGA